CACCGUCCUUCAUUGACACAACUGUCCAAACCUCAGCCAACUGCCUUGGUAGAAUGCCUCGGUCUAAGGAGACAGAUGAACUUGUUUUCUUUGUGAAUGGAAGAAAAGUCAUCGAGAAGAAUGCAGACCCUGAAAUGAACUUAUUGUUCUAUCUGAGAAAAACUCUCCAACUCACAGGAACCAAAGAUAGCUGUGGUGGCGGGAACUGUGGUGCCUGCACAGUGAUGAUCUCAAGAUAUGAUCCCAUCUCCAAGAAGAUCAGUCACUUCUCUGUUGCCGCCUGCCUGGUGCCUAUCUGCUCUCUUUAUGGAGCCGCCAUCACCACUGUGGAAGGAAUAGGAAACACUAAGACCAGGAUUCACCCUGUCCAGGAAAGGAUCGCCAAAGGCCAUGGCACCCAGUGUGGAUUCUGCACCCCAGGCAUGGUGAUGAGUAUUUACACUCUCCUAAGGAAUCACCCACAACCGUCCACAGAGCAGCUAAUGGAAUCUUUGAGUGGCAAUUUAUGUCGCUGUACUGGAUACAGACCCAUUGUGGAGAGUGGGAAAAGUUUUAUUUCCAGUUCAUCUUGCUGCCAAAUGAAUGAAAAAGGGAGAUGUUGCUUGGAUCAAAAAGAAAAUAAACCUGAGAACAAAUCCAAUGUCUGUGCCAAAUUGUAUGAGAAAGAAGAAUUUCAACCAUUGGAUCCAACUCAAGAGCUUAUAUUCCCUCCUGAGCUAAUGAGGAUGUUGGAGAAUCCCCAAAAGAAAAUUCUGACAUUUCAUGGGGAGAGGAUUACCUGGAUUAUCCCAAGCACGCUAAGAGAGCUCCUGGAACUAAAAACAGAGUACCCCAAUGCUCCUCUUGUAAUGGGGAACACUGCUCUCGGACCUGACAUGAAGUUCAAAGGUGUUUUCUAUCCAAUCAUCAUCUCCCCUGCAAGGAUCUCAGAAUUGUUGGCAAUAUCAAAGACAAAAGAAGGACUGACUCUGGGUGCAGGCCUCAGCCUGGCACAGGUGAAGACCAUCCUAGCCGACGUGGUCACCAAGCUCCCAGAGGAGAAGACACAGACGUACCGCGCUCUGCUGAAACACCUACGAACCCUGGCUGGGCCACAGAUCAGGAACAUGGCAUCCUUAGGUGGUCAUAUUGUUAGCAGACAGCCAAUCUCUGAUCUCAACCCCAUAUUAGGGGUGGGCAAAUGCAUUCUCAAUGUUGCUUCCAAAGGUGAGCUACUGAAUUCUCUUAUUGGGGGUAAUGCCAGCUUCAUCCUAACUGAACAGACCAUGGGGAAAAAAGUUAACUUUAUUUCUCAGUCUCACUUUGCAGAAAGUGACAAUCCUUGGGAGUUUGUGUCAGCUUUCAGACAAGCUCCAUGUCAACAAAAUGCCCUCGCGGUUGUAAACACAGGGGUGAGAGUCCUUUUCAAAGAGGACACAACCACCAUUGCGGACCUGAACAUCUUAUAUGGAGGGCUUGGCCCUACAACAGUCAAUGCAAACAAAUCCUGCCGACAGCUAAUCGGAAGAUGUUGGGAUGAAGGAAUGCUAAAUGAUGCUUGCAGACUGGUUCUAGAAGAAAUCGCCCUUCCCCAGUCAGCCCCUGGAGGAAUGGUGGCAUAUCGAAGGACUCUCGCCAUCAGUUUCUUCUUCAAAUUCUACUUGGAUGUUUUGCAGCAGUUGAGGAUGAGGGACCCACGUGGAUAUCCUGGUCUCUCUAAAACACUCAUCAGCGUCCUGGAAGAUUUUCCUUUGGCCAUUCCCCAGGGGAUGCAAUCAUUUGAGUGUGUAGAUCCCCAGCAGCCUCCUCAUGACCCAGUGGGCCGGCCCAUCAUGCAUCAGUCUGGCAUUAAGCAUGCCACAGGAGAGGCUGUAUUUUGUGAUGACAUGCCUGUUUUGGCAGAGGAACUCUUCCUGGCUGUGGUAACCAGCACCAGGCCACAUGCUAGAAUCAUUUCCAUUGAUGCCUCUGAGGCCCUGGCAUUGCCUGGUGUGGCUGAUGUGAUCACUGCUCAAGAUGUUCCUGGUAACAAUGGCAGUGAAGAAGAAAGGCUGUACGCGCAGGAUGAGGUGAUUUGUGUGGGGCAGAUUGUCUGUGCUGUGGCUGCCGAUUCAUAUGCCCAUGCAAAGCAGGCAGCAAAAAAAGUAAAGAUUGUGUACCAAGACUUGGAGCCUGUCAUUGUGACCAUUCAGGAUGCAAUACAGCACAAAUCAUUCAUUGGACCUGAGAAAAAACUAGAGCAAGGAAAUGUUGAAGAGGCGUUUCAGUGUGUUGAUCAAAUCAUUGAAGGGGAAGUGCACUUUGGAGGACAGGAACAUUUUUAUAUGGAAACUCAGAGUGUCCGUGUGGUACCCAAGAAAGAGGAUAAAGAAAUAGAUAUAUAUGUGUCAAGCCAGGAUGCAGCAUUUACCCAGGACAUGGUGGCUUGUACCUUGGGCAUUCAAAAGAACAGGAUCAACUGCCAUGUGAAAAGGGUUGGUGGGGCCUUCGGAGGAAAAGCAAGCAAGUCUGGACUUCUGGCAGCAGUGGCAGCUGUGGCAGCACACAAAACUGGCUGCCCAGUUCGCUUUGUGCUGGAACGUGGGGAUGACAUGUUGAUCACUGGUGGUCGCCACCCACUGCUGGGGAAAUACAAGAUUGGCUUUAUGAACAAUGGGAAAAUCAAGGCUGCCGACAUUGACUAUCACAUUAAUGGAGGAUGCACACCAGAUGAUUCUGAACUGGUAAUAGAAUAUGCCUUGCUCAAAAUGGAAAAUGCUUAUAAGAUCCCAAACCUGCGAGUGAGAGGCAGAGCUUGCAAGACCAAUUUACCAUCCAAUACAGCCUUCCGAGGGUUUGGUUUUCCACAAGGAGCAUUUGUAACAGAGACCUGGAUGACAGCAGUAGCAUCUAAAUGCCACUUGCCACCAGAGACGGUUAGAGAGUUAAAUAUGUACAAAACAAUUGAUAAGACAAUUCACAAGCAAGAGUUUGAUCCAAAGAAUCUGAUAAAAUGCUGGCACAAAUGUAUGGAAAAUUCUUCAUACUCAAGCAGAAGGAAAGCUGUAGAGGAAUUUAACCAACAGAGUUUUUGGAAGAAGAGAGGAAUUUCCAUUAUCCCCAUGAAAUUCUCAGUUGGAUUUCCAAAGACAUUUUAUUAUCAGGCUGCUGCUCUGGUUCACGUCUACACAGAUGGGUCUGUAUUAGUUGCUCAUGGUGGAGUCGAACUGGGACAAGGUAUUAACACCAAAAUGAUACAGGUGGCCAGCCGUGAGUUACAGCUCCCAAUGUCUUACAUACACCUUGGCGAGAUGAACACCAUGACUGUGCCCAACACAAUUGCCACGGCAGCAUCCACUGGGGCAGAUGUCAAUGGAAAGGCUGUGCAGAAUGCCUGUCAGACCCUCAGGAAACGCCUGGAACCCAUUAUCAGCCAGAACCCUAAUGGCACCUGGGAAGAGUGGGUCAAUGAAGCUUUUACUCAAAGUAUUAGUCUCUCUGCCACUGGAUAUUUCAGGGGCUAUGAAGCUCACAUGGACUGGGAGAAAGGAGAAGGUGACAUUUAUCCUUACUUCGUUUUUGGAGCUGCUUGUUCAGAAGUUGAAAUUGACUGUCUGACAGGUGCCCACAAGAACAUUAGAACUGACAUUGUAAUGGAUGCUUCUUUCAGUAUAAAUCCUGCUGUGGACAUAGGACAGAUUGAAGGGGCCUUUGUUCAAGGUCUUGGACUUUAUACCCUAGAGGAGUUGAAAUAUUCUCCAGAAGGAGUCCUCUAUACCCGUGGUCCAAAACAGUACAAGCUCCCUUCAGUCACUGACAUCCCAGAGGAGUUCCAUGUGUCCCUGCUGACAACAACCCAAAACCCAAAAGCAAUCUACUCCUCCAAGGGCCUAGGCGAGUCUGGAAUGUUUCUGGGGUCUUCAGUGUUUUUUGCCAUAGCUGAUGCUGUGGCUGCAGCUCGCAAGGAGAGGGGCCUGGCCCCACUUUUGGCCAUGAACAGUCCAGCCACACCAGAGCAGAUUCGGAUGGCCUGUGUGGAUCAGUUUACAGAGCUGGUUCCACAAAUUGAUUCUGAAGGCUGUAAACCUUGGUCCAUCCCAGUUGCCUAAUGUUUUGUUUUCAAAAACAAACAUUAACUUUCUGAUGGAUUUAAAGACUCAGUAGGUCACUAAUGUAAGCAUCUUUAUCUAAAAGAUAUGAUUUCUUUAUAUAAGAAAUUCUUUCUGUAAGAAACUGAGAGUUUUAUGUAAGAAAUUCUUUAUAAAAGAAGUUGGGAGCAAGUCUUACAUCUUCCCAUUUCAUAUUUACAAACUAUCUUGUAAUCUUCAAUUAUACAUAUAUAAGCAAGAUGUUGCUGAAACUUCAACAAAAAUAUGGUGUUUGAUUUGGUGUAAUCAGCAUAGUAUUUUUCAAUUGUGAACCAUUCUUCUAUCUGAUUCAGAUAAGAUAAAAGCCUAGACUACAAUGAUCUUGUUCUGAGAAGAAAAAAAAAGAAAUCAGGUUGAUUGCUGGCAGCUUGUGAAGUAUCUUCUUUAAGAUAAUGUUCUGCAUUAAAUACUGGUAUAUCGUAAGUGAUCAUUCAUAGCGCCUGUAAAGUCAGUAUUCACUUGCUUAUUUCAAUGCACAACUUUGCUGGCAGUUCAUUAUAAUGUGUUAAGUCUCUCCUUUAUCAAAGAAUUAUUGAUUUACUCAAAGAGUUGCUGAAUAAAGGAGGGUCACCUCCUAACAUGAUUUGUAUGAGGGCAAAUGAAACUGGAAAGAUAAUUACAUAAAACACUAAAAAUAUUUGCCACCGUAACCUCAACAAAGCAGUGUUCAGCCUCUUUCUACUUGUUGAAUUUUCCCCUAUCUCUGUGUUCAAAAUGAAGAUUAGUUGUAUUUGGUUGCACAAAAUAAACCUGUGAAUGAGGCCAAAUAAAUAGUCAAUAAAUAUGCCUUUAGGUUAAGCUCCAAAUGCAUGAACACUCAAUAUUUUCAGUAUUCAAAGCACAUUCAGAUGCUGUCCAGUUGGAAGUAUUCUAAUGCCAAUUUCCAAUGGGGGAAAAGUACACAAUAACAGACAGUAACUUCUUUUUGUCUAAUUUUUAUAUAUGCAGACUUUUCAGUGGCCAUGAUUUUCAUCAAGAUGAUUUUGUACACAGCAUCACCAUAAAUCUACUCAAUCCUUUUAGGAUAUUUAUUCAUUUCUUAUCUUUACCGUCUAUGCUUCCAUUUCCAAUGCAUGAGCAGUUUGUCUGAGGGUCAAAUGAAAAGAAUGAAGGAUGGUAUACUAACUACCCAGGAAUAGGAAAUUAGGGAGGCAAUUUAUUUACCAUGGGGGUUCUUGUGAGUUUGGGCAGGAACUGCAGCCAUAGGACGAAC